CCCUGGACAGACCGCCAAGGUUAUGACGGAAGCUGCUGCUACGCCAUCUACCCUGACGCCCUCAGCACUCCCGGCACCCAACCCAACAACGAUGAGGGAGCAGUGGAAAGGGGAGUUUUCCCGCUUCUUCAUGUUUCAGUGGCAGCACUCCCCCACUGUCGACGUCGCACCCCGUCCGCUUACCAAGGGCCGAGGGCGCUACUGCAGAGGCACCUGGCUCACCGCAUCCUUGCCGGCAACCAUCCUCAUUGUCAAGGCUAGCUCCUCCGACGUCGCUGUGCUCUCCAUUUCCGUCGCUGGCUACAUACACGAAGAGCACAUCGUUUCCAGUCUCCACUUGACGUGGCCUCAAGUUGCUUGUGUGCCUCAGUGCCCGGUUAGAGGGAGCAGAGUGGUUUUUAUGAGUUAUAGGGAUUGUUCUAACCAGAUCCAGAAAUUCGUGGUAAGAUUUCUAACGUGUGCAGAUGCAGAAACAUUCAUCUACUUUUUUAAGGACUGUUCGAGGGAUACCAUGGAUUUUGCAUAUCCAGCAAGUGAUUUAUUGUGUGAUAGCUCUUCACCAUCUAAAAUGAUUGCUUCAAAUGCACUCGAAUACAUAUCUAAUGAGGGCGAAGGCUAUGAAGAAGCCAUAACAAAUGAUAUGCCGUCUCCAGCCUUUGGCCAGGAUGAAUCAUACCGUCCUUUGCCUCUUGUCAACAACAGUAACACAAUUACCUCUUUCGUUCCCCCAAGUUUUACAGAGCUAUUGACCAAUUGUUCAAAAUAUCCGCAGAAUGAGAUUAGUAAGCAACUGGAGGAAGCUAAUCAUACACUUAGGAGCGGGGAAAGUGCUCCGCAUUUUUCUCCUCAGAGUAUGCUGACUAUCUUAUAUCUUGUAUUCAUGGGUUUUAAAAAGGGGAAAUUAUUAGGUGCAGACAACGGAGUAGAGAUGUGUCCGAUUUAUUGGAUACACUGCGUACGCUCUGCUUACACUCUGCGUGUUUGUAGAUACACAUCAAAUAAGCAACAAAUCCUUACAACUAAAUAUUUGUUGUUUAUUUACUACAUAUUUACAAAUACGCAGUAUGUAUGCAGAGUGUAUGAUAGCAAGCAACUUGUUGUACUUGACGCAGAUAUGAAGAAUGAAAUUGCGAGAUACAUGUCAGAUGCUUCGUUUCAUGAUCUUCUGUUCACAAUCGAAAAGGUGUUCCGUGAACUGGGAGAGGGCCCGUCACUGUGAACUGCUUCAAAACCUCAAAAUUACAGACCUCAAUGAUUUUUUUUUUUGGUUUUUUGAUAUGGUAUUGGUCUAUUAUAGCUGAAUCACAAGGUAGAUCUCUUUAUACUUGCUAACAAAUAUCCUUUUUUU